AUGGACUUGAUAUUAGAGGAAGAAGAACGUAUGUAUUCUGCAAUUCAAGAAGUUUAUGGAGUUAAUACUAAUAGAGAGAUGCAAAGGACAUAUCGAGGUGGAGGUUGGCGUCGGGUGCAACGAUUUAUGUAUGAGUCUGAGAAACAGUGUUUUGAUAUCCUCCGUAUGAAUCAAGAUACAGUAAAAAGAAAGUUAGAUGAUGUUUUAGGUUUUCUUUUGAAGCUUGCAGCAUAUAUAGUGAAGCCAUCCAGAGGUGAGUUUACAAAACCUAGUCCUAAACUAGUAAAAGAUGGUAGGUAUUGGCCUUUUUUUGAAAACUGCAUUGGUGCUUUGGAUGGAACUCAUAUAUCUGUUCGCCCUCCAUAUAAUAGUGCAGAAGCAUAUAGAGGUAGAAAAUCAGUUGCAACAAUAAAUGUUCUAGCGAUAUGUAACUUCAGCAUGCGAUUUAUAUUUGCUUAUGUUGGAGUUCCUGGUAGAGCACAUGACACCAAGGUGUUAACACAUUGUGCUACUCAUGAACCUUCCUUCCCUCAUCCACCAAAUGGCAAGUAUUACCUAGUAGACUCAGGUUACCCAACUAGAACCGGUUAUCUAGGGCCUCAUCGUAGAGCUAGGUAUCAUCUUGAUCUGUUUGCAAGGGGAGGACCACCUAUUAGCACUAGAGAGCUGUUUAACCCAAAGUGGAGGAUUUUAGAUAGGAAACAUCCUAAGUAUGAGGUUAAAAAGUGGAUAAAGAUUGUAACAGCAACUAUGACACUUCACAACUUUAUUCGUGAUUCACACUAUGAAGACCAUGAUUUUGCUUAUUGGGAGGGGGUAGAUGAUUAUGAGAAUCAUGGUGACCAAGCUGUAGAAAAUGAAGAAGAAGAUAACAUUGAACAUACUCCAUAUAUUCCAAUUGGUGAGACUCUUCGUGAUGUUAUAACUGAAAAGAUAGGAAGAGGACGUCAACUUCCGUAUUAG